UCAGUAUCUCAUCUUUAACCUUCCUUAGGUUUAUUCUCAACAGCCCUCAAUUUAAAAGAAGACGGAUCAACUCAAUAAGAAUUUUCUCAGAAAGAGUAUGAAUAUCAAUUAUUUAUAGAAUAGGCUAAACAGCAAAACCAAACACAAGUACUUGAUGAAGAUAAGAUUAACACACAAGCGAUGCUAGAUUUAGGAAUUUCACCUCAGGAUCUAACCAAAUAAGCCAAUCACUGAGUUUUAUGAAGAUGGUUUAGCUUCAGAAAUGGUAAAAAUUAGACAUAAAGCUCAUCUCAGGAAGGUAGCUGCUACUAUAAAGCAACUAAAUAAGCAUAAAUAAUAUCCUGAGAUAUAAACUUGAACAAAAACCAUUGUUUGCAGAUCAUCUCCCAAGCCCAAAUCAAUACUUUAAAAACAUUAUCAACAAGUUAAAGUCUCGAAAUGAAAAAUAUGCUCAGAAAGCAGUCUCUUCAAUGACAGCACUCGAAAAGCAAUUUAAAUCAGAAGACAAUUUACUUAAGAAAGCUUCUAAGAACAAUCUUAAAGGAAGAAAAGCCAGAAGAAAUCUUGAAUAUAAGCCUAAAACUGCAUGGCAAGAAAAUGAAAGUAAUCCAAAAAUGAAGACAAGUACUCAGAGAAGUUCUGUCCCAGAGCAAAGAAAAUUGCAAUUUGAUAGUGCAUUAGAGUACCCUAAACAUGUAAAAGCUUUGAAGAAUAAAAGGAUGAUUGAUUUACUCAAAUGCAAAUGCUCGAAAAUAAAUAACUGUCCAAAAUAAGUUCCAUCAACCUCCUUCUCGGUCUCCGAGUAAAUUUCCAAUCUCAAGUCGUGAGAUAAUCAUGCAGAAAAGUACUUAUUACAUUUCGAAAGAAGAUCAGGAGAAUAGCUGUCUUGAACUACUAGAGCAUGUGAACGAGCGUGUUCAAGAAGCUCGUGAUUCAAAAAUUCUAAAUCAAUUCCAGUCGCUUCAGAAAAUCUUGAAAAAGAAUCUUCAGACUGAGCAGAAGCAGCUAGCUUAUAAAUCCCAACAACCAUUCACUUGUCUUGAUUCCACUCAGGCAUUGAAGCACCUGCUAGAUGGGCAGAAGAGGAAAAAGGAAGAAUUGACAGACACUGAGAAAAAAUUCUUAAAGACCAUAAGAAAGAAUAUUGAAAUUAACAAGAAGAAAACCCAUCUCCAAGCUAAGGAUUUAAAAAAGGCCAAAUAAAAUGCUAUA